UAUCGACCGGUUCGGAACUGUUUCUGGAGUGCUCCUGCAAGUGACGCCUGUGCCACGUGUUUUUGUAAUUGUUGCAGUUUUUCAUCAGAUUUCAACUCGUUUUACGCAAAACUUUUACGGCAUUUGAAAAGUUUGAUUCGCUGCACCAUUUGGAAGUGAUUUUCGAUUGAAACAAGUGAAAUUUGUUUGAUUUUUGGGUAACCUAAAUCGGACCUCAACGUGAAGCUGUUCUAAGCAGUGCACUCCAAUCGAUCAACCGGCACCGCUAGAAUGCCUGCCUCGCUAGUACUCGAAGAUGGAACGAUCGCACACGGCGAAAGUUUCGGUGCGGAAAUCGAUUCCGACGGGGAAGUGGUGUUCCAAACGGGGAUGGUAGGCUACCCGGAAUCGAUGACCGAUCCGUCGUACCACGGACAGAUUCUGGUGCUGACCUAUCCACUGAUCGGAAACUAUGGCAUCCCGGAUGAGGAACUGGACGAACGUGGUCUGAUGUUGCAUUUUGAAUCGAACAACCGCAUCUGGACCUCCGGGCUGGUGGUGGGAGAAAUUUGCGAAGAACCGUCGCACUGGCAAAGUAAGCUUACCCUAUCGGAGUGGAUGCGGAAACAUCGGGUACCGGGAAUCAGCGGACUGGACACGCGCGCUUUGACGAAGAAGAUUCGCGAGAAUGGAACGAUUUUGGGUAAAAUUGUUCAGGGUCACGUGACAAGUGCAAGCGGACUGUCCUUCCAAAACCAGAAUCUCCGCAACUUGGUUGCUGAAGUAUCGCUUGCCAAAACGGUCACCUACAAUCAGUCCGGUUCGCCACGCAUCUGCGCAAUUGAUUGUGGUCUUAAACUGAACCAAGUACGCUGUUUUGUCAAUCGAGGAGCACGGGUCGACGUUGUUCCCUGGAAUGCAGUGCUUGAUCCGACCGCCUACGACGGUCUAUUUCUGAGCAAUGGCCCCGGUGAUCCUGUCAUGUGCCGUGAAACGGUGGAGAAUAUUCGGUUGUUGUUGUUGAAUGGCGGCCCUGUCAAGCCGAUAUUCGGCAUUUGUCUUGGCCAUCAGCUACUUUCGACGGCUGCCGGUUGCGAAACUUACAAAAUGAAAUACGGCAACCGUGGACACAAUCUUCCCUGUAUUCACACGGGAACCAAACGAUGCUACAUGACAUCGCAGAACCAUGGUUUUGCGGUGGAUGCAGCAGUGCUGCCAACGGGAUGGGAAGAGCUGUUCACCAACAUUAACGAUCGUACAAACGAAGGUAUCGUGCAUGAAUCGAAACCAUUUUUCAGUGUACAAUUUCAUCCGGAACAUACGGCCGGACCGGAAGAUUUGGAAGUGUUGUUCGAUGUGUUUCUGGAAACGGUGCAGGAAUACAAAACCGGUGGGAGUUCAACGAAAUCAAUCAAGGAGAAGCUAAUAGAAAGUUUGAGAUAUCAGCCAAAGCAUGAAAUUGACACUAGCAGACCGAAGAAAGUGUUGAUCCUGGGGUCCGGAGGUUUGUCGAUUGGUCAAGCCGGUGAGUUCGAUUAUUCUGGAUCUCAGGCGAUCAAAGCUCUUCGGGAGGAAAAGAUUCAAACUGUUCUGAUUAAUCCGAACAUUGCCACCGUACAGACUUCCAAGGGACUGGCCGAUAAGGUUUAUUUCCUUCCGUUGACACUGGAAUACGUGGAACAGGUUGUCAAGGCGGAGCGUCCGGGUGGAGUGCUGCUAACAUUCGGUGGACAGACCGCGCUGAACUGUGGUAUCGAGCUGGAGAAAGCCGGUGUUUUUCAGAAAUAUAAUAUCAAAAUUAUGGGCACUCCAAUUACGUCGAUUAUUGAAACGGAAGAUCGAAAAAUUUUCGCCGAACGUGUGGCAGAAAUCGGCGAAAAGGUGGCCCCGUCUGCGGCUGUUUACUCGGUUCAGGAAGCUAUCGAGGCAGCCGACAAGAUCGGCUACCCGGUUAUGGCUAGGGCUGCGUUUUCUCUGGGUGGUUUGGGGUCGGGUUUCGCUAGUAACUGUGAAGAACUCAAGCUGCUGGCCCAGCAGGCUCUGGCACACUCCAAUCAACUUAUAAUCGACAAAUCGUUGAAAGGCUGGAAGGAGGUUGAGUACGAAGUCGUUCGGGAUGCGUACGAUAACUGCAUUACUGUGUGCAAUAUGGAAAAUGUUGAUCCACUGGGAAUUCACACGGGUGAAAGCAUAGUCGUGGCACCUUCGCAAACACUGUCCAACCGAGAGUACAACAUGCUUCGGACGACCGCCAUUAAGGUUAUUCGACACUUUGGAGUGGUCGGUGAGUGCAAUAUCCAGUACGCGUUGAAUCCAUAUUCGGAGGAGUACUACAUCAUCGAGGUGAAUGCUCGGCUUUCGCGAAGUUCGGCGUUAGCUAGUAAAGCCACCGGAUAUCCGUUGGCUUACGUAGCGGCUAAGCUUUCACUGGCGAUUCCACUGCCGGAGAUCAAGAACUCGGUAACCGGAGUGACGACGGCUUGCUUCGAACCGAGCUUGGAUUAUUGUGUGGUGAAAAUGCCCCGUUGGGAUUUGGCCAAGUUUACCCGAGUCAGCAAACACAUCGGUAGUUCGAUGAAAAGUGUGGGAGAGGUAAUGGCGAUUGGACGGAAGUUUGAGGAAGCUUUCCAGAAGGCUCUACGGAUGGUGGACAACGUGAAUGGGUUUGAUCCGUACCUGGAGGAGGUCAACGAGCAGGAACUGAAACAACCAACGGAUAAACGAAUGUUUGUACUUGCUGCGGCCCUAAAAGCCGGUUACACGGUUGAGAAAAUCUACGCACUAACCCAAAUCGAUCGGUGGUUCCUGCGGAAGAUGAAGAACAUUAUCGAUUUCACCGAUCGCAUCGAGAAGUUAUCCACCAUUCCGGACCGAGAUAUGUUGCUGGAGGCGAAGCGAAUCGGGUUUUCGGAUAAGCAAAUUGCCGGGUUGAUCAAGAGUACGGAGUUGGCGGUUCGAUUGCAGCGCAAGGAAACCGGUGUGGUGCCGUUCGUGAAGCAAAUCGAUACGGUUGCCGGGGAGUGGCCGGCUUCCACCAACUACCUGUACGUGACGUACAAUGCCACCGAGCAUGACAUCGAUUUCCCGGGUCAGUAUACGAUGGUCAUCGGGUCCGGGGUGUAUCGCAUCGGCAGUUCCGUGGAGUUCGAUUGGUGUGCCGUCGGGUGUCUGCGGGAGCUUCGGAACCUGGGAAGAAAAACGAUUAUGGUCAACUAUAAUCCGGAAACCGUCAGCACCGAUUACGACAUGUGCGAUCGGUUGUACUUUGAGGAAAUCUCGUUCGAAGUGGUUAUGGAUAUCUACGAUGUCGAACAACCGGAAGGAAUUAUUCUGUCUAUGGGUGGACAGCUGCCGAACAACAUUGCCAUGGAUUUACAUCGACAGCAGGCUAGGAUUUUGGGUACUUCGCCGGAAUCGGUUGACGGUGCGGAAAAUCGAUUUAAAUUUUCCCGUAUGCUGGACCGAAAAGGAAUUCUUCAACCCCGUUGGAAAGAACUGACGAAUCUGGAGUCGGCCAUCGAAUUCUGCGAAGAAGUUGGCUAUCCCUGUUUGGUGCGACCUUCGUAUGUUCUGUCGGGAGCUGCGAUGAACGUUGCCUACUCGAACCAAGAUCUGGAAACCUAUCUCAAGCAUGCUUCGGAUGUAAGCAAAGAACAUCCGGUCGUCAUAUCGAAGUUCCUGGUCGAGGCAAAAGAAAUCGAUGUGGAUGCGGUGGCAGCCGAUGGUGAGAUUCUUUGUAUGGCGGUUUGCGAACAUGUCGAAAACGCGGGAGUACACUCCGGUGAUGCCACGUUGGUAACACCUCCCCAGGACAUCAACGCCGAAACGUUGGAACGUAUCAAACAAAUCGCUAGGGACAUCGCAGCCCUGUUGGACGUAACUGGGCCGUUCAAUAUGCAACUGAUUGCCAAAAACAACGAACUCAAGGUGAUCGAGUGUAACGUGCGGGUUUCCCGAUCCUUCCCGUUCGUAUCGAAAACGUUGAAUCAUGAUUUCGUCGCCAUGGCAACGAGAGUGAUCGUGGGUUUAAGCGUAGAACCGGUCGAUGUGCUGCACGGUUGCGGUAAAGUUGGCGUCAAGGUGCCACAGUUCAGUUUCUCGCGUCUGGCCGGGGCGGAUGUUAUGCUGGGUGUCGAAAUGGCGUCCACCGGAGAGGUUGCCUGUUUUGGCGAUAAUCGGUACGAAGCGUACCUGAAGGCGAUGAUGUCCACCGGGUUCCAGAUUCCGAAACGGGCCAUCCUACUCAGCAUCGGAAGUUUUAAGCACAAAAUGGAACUUCUACCAUGUAUUAGAAUACUGCACAAGAUGGGCUACAAGCUGUACGCUUCGAUGGGAACGGGUGAUUUCUACACCGAGCAUGGAGUCGAUGUGGAAUGUGUUCAGUGGACUUUUGAUGCGGCUGUCACGGGCGAGGAGAACGGAGGCGCCGGUGAACUGCGUCAUUUGGCGGAAUUCCUGGCUAACAAACAGUUCGAUAUGGUUAUCAAUCUUCCGAUGAGGGGAGGCGGGGCCAGGCGGGUGAGCUCGUUCAUGACCCAUGGCUACCGAACUCGACGGCUGGCCGUGGAUUAUUCGAUUCCGUUGGUUACCGAUGUGAAAUGUACGAAACUGUUGGUCGAAGCGAUGAAUCGGAUCGGAAGGGCUCCGCCCAUGAAAACACACACCGAUUGUAUGUCCUCGAGGGCUAUGGUCAAGCUACCGGGUUUCAUUGAUGUCCACGUGCACGUGAGAGAACCAGGAGCAACUUACAAAGAGGAUUUCGAUACGGCGACGGCUGCUGCUCUGGCCGGAGGAAUUACCCUGAUCUGUGCUAUGCCAAACACGACACCUUCGAUUGUGGACCGGCAAGCGUUUCUGCUGGCUCAGGAGCUAGCCCAGAAGGGAGCCCGUUGUGAUUAUGCUCUUUUCGUGGGAGCUUCUUCCACGAAUUUCGCGACAAUCAACGAACUGGCUCCGCAGGCCGCCGCUCUGAAAAUGUACCUCAAUGAAACGUUCACCACUCUGAAGCUGACGGACAUGCUGGUUUGGCAGAAGCACCUGUCGCAUUGGCCCAAACGUGCUCCGUUGUGUAUCCACGCGGAACGUCAAUCGACUGCCGCCGUCAUCCUGCUGGCCUCGUUGGUAGACCGUCCGAUCCACAUCUGUCACGUUGCUCGCAAGGAAGAAAUCCUGAUCAUCAAAGCUGCGAAAGAGCGAGGAUUGAAAAUUACCUGCGAAGUAUGUCCCCAUCAUCUGUUCCUCUCGACCAGCGAUCUGGAUCGGAUAGGGCAUGGCAGAGGUGAAGUUCGACCGAUUUUGGGUAGUCUGGAAGAUCAACAGGCCCUCUGGGAUAAUCUGGACGUUAUUGAUGUCUUCGCCACCGAUCAUGCGCCACACACCCGAGAGGAGAAAGAAUCGGCUAAACCUCCACCGGGUUUUCCCGGACUGGAAACGAUUCUUCCGCUCCUGCUGAACGCCGUCAACGAGGGUCGACUAACGGUUGAGGAUCUAAUUGCCAAGUUCUACAAAAAUCCUAAGCGAAUUUUUAGUCUACCGGAACAACCGAAUACCUACGUUGAGGUGGAUUUCGACGAAGAAUGGACCAUUGCCGAGUGUCCACCGCAUUCGAAAGCCCGUUGGACGCCGUUUGCCGGCAUGAAAGUGAAGGGACGGGUCCAUCGGGUAGUGCUACGAGGUGAGACGGCAUUCGUCGACGGAGUUGUGUUGGUCAAUCCCGGCUACGGGCAAAAUGUGCGUGAAUGGCCACUUAAGAAACCCACGGUGGCACCAUCGGUCGAAAAGAUCAACACAUCGUUGGAUGGGCUGGAUUUGCUGUCGAUCACCAAAUCGUUGGAUACUUCGCGUCAGGGUGCGGCGGAUUAUUGGGACACGGAUGGACACACCAACGACGUGUUCAGUAAACUGUUGGCCACGGGUGGUCAUGAUCUGGCCAACAAACUGGGAGUUCACUUUGGGGAUCCGACGAUGCGAGCCGUUUCGCCGUUGCCCCGAAUCCGUUGUGAUUCUACCAGUGCCUACGGGAAGGAAGCCCAUCUGCCACCAACUCCGAAGGAGAGAAGCUUGACAGGAAAACACGUUCUCAGUGUCGGUAUGUUCGGCAAGGAACAACUAAAUGAGAUCUUCAAUGUAGCGCAAACAAUGCGCGGACGGGUGACGAAAGAUCGACCCCUGGAUGAUCUUCUGCGCGGGAAGGUAAUGGCUUCGGUGUUCUACGAGGUCAGCACAAGAACCAGUUGUAGCUUUGCUGCCGCCAUGCAGCGACUGGGCGGCCGGGUGAUCUACAUGGACGAAACCAGUUCGUCGGCAAAGAAGGGAGAAUCACUGGAGGAUAGCAUUCUGGUGAUGGCAGGGUAUUCGGAUGUGGUUGUACUGCGGCAUCCGGAACCCGGUGCGGUGGCGAAAGCUGCCCAUCACUGUCGAAAACCGUUGAUCAACGCCGGUGAUGGAAUCGGAGAGCAUCCGACUCAGGCGUUGCUGGAUAUUUUUACAAUUCGCGAGGAAAUCGGUACGGUCAAUGGUCUUACAAUUACGAUGGCCGGAGAUUUGAAGCACGGCCGGACGGUUCAUUCGUUGGCUCGACUGCUCACCCUAUACAAUGUCCACUUGCGGUAUGUUAGUCCGAAAAGUUUGGGAAUGCCGGAAAACAUUAGCAAGUUCGUUGCUUCCAAAGGGAUUUCGCAGAAGGUUUACGACAAUUUAGAUGAUGCCAUAGCCGAAACGGAUGUCCUUUACAUGACACGAAUCCAGAAGGAACGGUUCAACUCGGAUGCAGAAUAUGACAAGUGCUGCGGUCAGUUGGUUCUAACGCCGCAAAUAAUGACACGUGCCAAGCGCCGGAUGAUUGUGAUGCAUCCGCUUCCCCGGGUGUUCGAAAUUAGCAAAGAGAUCGACAUCGAUCCGAGGGCUGCCUACUUCCGGCAGGCAGAGUACGGUAUGUAUGUCCGAAUGGCCCUGCUAGCGAUGGUUCUCGGUAAGUGCUAGAGUUGCAAAUUUUAUUGUGCCAAUUGUUUUUUUUUUCGGAUCGAGUAAUUUAGUAAUCUUAAGACACACAGUUCUAUUAUCAGUUUAAUAGUGAUCAACCAUUUGAUGGUUUUUAGAGCAUACAUUUACCUACAAAAUAUACACAAACUGUCUAAAUGCUACUAUUUGCGGAUAA